AUGCGCAAACCGUGACGUAGCUACUUUUAAAAAUGCUUUGACCGGCAGAGAUUAUAAACGAGCCAAUCCGAAAAACUUCCUGUUUUUCGUCACAAAAACCCUUCAGUAUCGAGCUUUGAAUAAACGUUUGAAGUCUGCGUCAGAGACUACUUCAAUUUGUAGACGCACUAUUGUCACGACUUACCGUACGUCUUGGGUGACUUGUUUCGACUGUGCUUGGGAGCAGUCCUUCCUGUUAAUGGCCCACGUGUAACAAACAGUGCUCCACAGAAUUAUAUAGAGCUUGUCACAGGAAAAUCAACAUUGAUUUAAUUUCAGACGAUGGGUGGAUACGUAGUUGUGUUGUUGACCGUUGUAGUUUGUUUAGCCCCGACUUCAACCUGUCAAAACGAAAGCAAGCUGCCGUGUCGGCUGAAUGCUAAGGGAUCAAGCAAUUUGAGUAAUGGAGAAAAAAAGCAAGCAGCUGUUCUCCAGCGGAAAUACGUAGAAUGUAUGCUGAUCAGCCAAGAGUCUGGAGUGAAGUUUACGUUUGACAUCAACUUGGCUCUAGAUGCGGCUGAAGUUGAUAACAAUACUUUAGUUGGUGUGAGUGUCACAUUUUUGUGCCCAUCAUCAAUUGAGCUCGAUUUCAUCAACCCGCAAAACACUGCCAACAAAAAUAUUUUGCUAGCUCUGUUUUUCCGGGGCGCCUGCAAAGUUUAGACGCGAAACCUUGUCGCCUUUGCCAAGGCAACUGAUUUCCGAACAAUGCGUUUGAAAGGAAAGAAUACGAAAUGAUCGAGUGUAUCCACUUUGACAAAUUUAACUCAUGGAAGUGAGAGCCAUGUAAGAGACUUCAGAGAAAUUACGUUUAUCACAGCUCUCAACAGUCUGCCUGAAAACAUCCCUCGUAUGCUCACUGAUACCAAGAACGUCUGGCCAAACAUGGCUGAAAUCUACUUUGAGGAUACGCCGAUUAAAGAGAUUCCAGAACAAUGGAAGAUUACAAUGCCUCUCUUGCAAGGGCUUUACUUGGUAAAGUGCAAUUUGACAAAACCUCCAGAAUUUCCUUGGAAUAACUCCACCCUAGAACUCUACCGUGAAUUGGGAAGAACAGACGAUUCCGAGCAAUAUUUCCCAGUUGAACUGCAAAGCAACCUUUAUGUCCGCGGACUGUAUCUAGGCUAUAACAACAUUGAGGACUUAACUUCUCAUGAGUUUCGCGGAUUCUUGCAUGUCCUAAGCCUUCGAGAAAACGGUUUAAAGGCAAUUGGAUCGUCAUGUUUUCGCAACUUAAAAGGAAUUCAAACGAUUGACCUCUUAAAAAAUAACUUGGCUUCGCUACCUCAAAAUCUGUUUCAAGGUUUACCUUCCUUGCUAAACAUUAUUCUUGGAUUCAACAACUUGACGGUCAUUCACCAAAAUAUAUUUAAAGGGCUGAGAAAGAUCAAGAGGAUUGCUCUAGACCGUAACAACCUACAUUCUAUUCCAACGGGUUGUUUAGUUCAUUUAACGUUUGAAAAUCUUGACAAGGCGUUAGAUGAAUAUCCCAUACCGCUGAAUGACCCGAUUAAAAGCGGGAAACAGCUGAUAGUUCUCGAUUUGUCCAACAACAACAUCACCAAAUUAGUAGAUUACGAUGGACUGAACAGGAUAAAACAGGACGAGGAAAUCUCUCCUGUGCAGCCACCUCAAGCCAAAUAUACUUAUCUCUGGAAAGCAUACCUAAUCAAUUUGAGUGGAAAUCCGACAAAUCGAUUAAUAAGAGAAGAUCAAUGGGUGCGGAGAGAGACUGAGCUUGAAGAUCGCAAUUGCCCCACAGAAUGCACCUGCCGGAAACGCUGCUCCAAUGGAAUAAUAGUCGUUAAUUGCGCGGGAAAAAAUCUUGCAGAAGUACCAAACUUAAUGCCACGAGGUCUUAUUGAAUUGAACUUGAUGAGCAAUGACAUCCGGGAUAUUCCAGCAUUUCCUUAUUUGGAAAACGUGACUGUUCUGAAAAUGACAAACAACAAAGUUGAGCGGCUGAAGGCCUCCACUGUGGAGAAAUUAAAACGUGUCGAGAUUCUGCUCAUUGAUGCUAAUAACCUGACAACUCUACCCAGGGAAAUUGAAUCUCUGAAUUUUACAACGUUGGCGUUGGAGCAAAACUUGUUUAAAUGCGACUGUACGACUAAAUGGAUGAAGCACUGGCUGGUGAAGAAUAGACGUCGAAUACGAAACAUCGAAAAGGUGUUUUGUAACUCGGAGCAUGCUCUUGGCCGAGCAAUUUACAGUUUACCGGACGACGAGUUCAUCUGUGCUACCAUUAAGGAAAAGAACACAGGAAAGACAGUACCUAUAGGAACCAUAGCUGCCUGUACCCUUGGUGGUCUGCUAGCUUUAAUACUGAUUGUUGGUAUUGUUUUGUACAAAUAUUAUAGAGAAGUCAAAGUCUUCAUGUACACCCACUUCAACUGGCACCCGUUUGAUCGCAUUGAUGACUCGGAUCCAAAUAAGAUAUACGACGCCUUUAUAUCGUUCAGCGGGAAUGACUUCGACUGGGUGAAGACCACGUUACAAGAACGACUAGAAAAUCAC